AUGACGUCAUCGACCCGUCAAGACGAACAAGGUGGAUGCAAGGUUUUUGCUGUGACGGGCGGAGCACGGGGGCUGGGGUUGUCUAUGGCCGAGGCCUUGGUCGAAGCGGGUGGACAAGUCUACUGCCUGGACAGACUACCUGAACCAGACGGGGAAUUCCGCGCGGCCGAAGCACGCGCCAACCCGGACUUCGGGGGCUCACUACACUACCGCUGCAUGGACGUGACGGACGAUGCAAACACCGAAGCUGUCAUCGCCGACAUUGGAGCGCAGCAGAACCGUCUCGACGGCCUGAUUGCAGCCGCGGGUAUAAACCACGUCGCUAGCGCAAUUGACCACCGACCCAAGAACGUUGACGACGUCAUCCACAUCAACUACACGGGCGUCUUUCGCAGUGCGGUUUCAGCCGCGAAGGUAAUGCUAGACCGGAAAUGCCACGGCUCGAUUCUCCUCGUGGCAAGUAUGAGCGGCAUCGUUGCCAACAAGGGCAUGGCGUCUGCUAUCUAUAAUUCGUCAAAAGCGGCAGUCAUCCAGUUGACGCGUAGUCUGGCCAUGGAGUGGUCUGAAGCCAAAGAAGAUGGCACAGGGGGAAUCCGUGUAAACUGUCUUUGUCCCGGGCAUAUUGAAACACCGAUGGCAAAGAUGGUGAUGGAGAAGGAUCCAGAUACACGGGCGCUUUGGGAGUCCGAAAACAUGAUGAAGAGGUUAGCAAGGCCGGAGGAGUUUAGAGGCAUCACUUUGUUACUUAUGAGCGAUGCUUCGAGCUUCAUGACUGGCAGCACUGUGGUGGUUGAUGGGGGUCAUACGGCCUGGUAG